AUGGCAACACCACCUUCUCUUAAUUUUACAAAGUCAAUCGGGUCUGUCAGAGACAACCAUUCCCUCAUCAUCAUCUGUGCUGUGGUGGGGGGUGUUUUUCUCCCUCUCAUUCUUGCUUAUUUCUAUAAUUCUUAUUUUCGGAACACUGAAAUACUCCCUCCUCAGCCUGAUAGACUCGAUGAUGAUCACAUCAUCGAGUCAUUUGCGAUUGUCACGUUUUCGCAAGAGAGUCAACCAGAAGACUCUCCCGGUCAUCGUGACUGCAGCGUAUGCUGUUGCGAUUUCGAGACGGGUGAGCAAAUUAUCAUCUUCCCCGUUUGCCAACAUCGGCAUCAUGCUGUCUGCAUUAGGGAAUGGUUCGGACAACAAACAACGUGUCCAAUAUGCCGUCACGAUUACUCUGGGUGGCGACCGGACCUGGAGGUGUAG